AUUGAUGCCGAGGAGCCGAUCCGGCGCCGCCGACCCCGUCCGUGCGCGGCUCCAUGAGCCACGGCCUCGGCUAUGGACAUCGUCCUGUCGGAUUUUGUUCGCUCGACGGGGGCAGAGCCGGGGCUGGCCAGAGACCUCCUCGAAGGCAAGAACUGGGACCUGAGCGCGGCGCUGAGCGACUUCGAGCAGCUCCGGCAGGUGCACGCCGGGAAUUUGCCGCCUUCCUUCAACGAGGGCCGCGGUGCCCGGCCCCCGGAGCCGCGGGAGGCGGCACGGCCGGGGCGGCCGCCCCUGCAGCGCCAGGAUGACGUCGUGCAAGAGAAGCGCCUGUCCCGAGGCAUCUCCCACGCCAGCUCCACCAUCGUGUCCCUGGCGCGUUCCCACGUCUCCAGCAACGGCGGCAGCAGCGAGCACCUGCUGGAGAUGCCCAUCUGCACCUUCCAGCUGCCCGACCUCACCGUGUACUCCGAGGAAUUCCGCAGCUUCAUCGAGCGGGACCUCAUCGAGCAGUCCAUGCUGGUGGCACUGGAGCAGGCUGGGCGCCUGAACUGGUGGGUGACGGUGGAUCCCAGUUGCCAGCGGCUGCUGCCCCUGGCCACCACCGGCGACGGGAACUGCCUUCUCCACGCCGCCUCCCUGGGAAUGUGGGGCUUCCACGACCGGGAUCUCAUGCUGCGGAAAUCCCUCUACACCCUGAUGGACAAGGGAGCGGAGCGGGAGGCGCUGAGGCGGAGGUGGCGCUGGCAGCAGACGCAGCAGAACAAGGAGUCUGGGCUGGUGUACACGGAGGAGGAGUGGCAGAAGGAGUGGAACGAGCUGAUCAAGUUGGCGUCCAGCGAGCCCCGCGUGCACUACGGCACCAACGGCGGCGGCUGCGGCGGGGUGGAGAGCUCAGAAGAGCCGGUGUACGAGAGCCUGGAGGAGUUCCACGUCUUCGUCCUGGCCCACGUGCUGAAGAGACCCAUCGUGGUGGUGGCAGACACGAUGCUGCGGGACUCGGGGGGGGAAGCAUUUGCCCCGAUUCCCUUUGGAGGGAUCUAUCUGCCCCUGGAAGUCCCAGCCAACAAAUGCCACCGGUCUCCGUUGGUUCUGGCUUACGACCAAGCCCAUUUUUCUGCCCUGGUCUCCAUGGAGCAGAAGGAAAACACAAAGGAUCAAGGGGAUGCAGGCGUGACGCUGUCGCUGGAGGCCAAGCUGCACCUGCUGCACAGCUACAUGAAUGUGAGGUGGAUCACGUUGCCUUGUGACACGCAGGCGCCUCUGGCCCAGCCGGAAUCCCCCACGGCCUCUGCAGGGGACGACGCUCGUUCAGCGGCAGAGUCGGGCGAGUCGGACAAGGAGUCGGUGUGCAGCAGCUCUGCCAGCAACGGGGGCCUGAGGGCAGGCAAGGACAGGGAGAAACCAAAGAAAGAGCGGGAAAAGGAGAAGGAAAAGGAUAAGAAACGGGCGGACUCGGUGGCCAACAAGCUGGGAAGCUUCGGGAAGACUCUGGGCAGCAAGCUAAAAAAGAACAUGGGGGGCUUGAUGCACAGCAAGGCCGUGAAGGGCGGCCUGAGCAACGGGCAGGGAGACACCCUGGAGAAGAAGAAGAAAGGGUCCCUGAAGGCACGGAAAGGCAGCAAAGAGGAAUGUUCCCCAGGAGACUUGGCAGCUCCCGCGGAGAAGGCGUGCCCGGGGAAAGCGGCCCCGGAGAAGGCGCCGGAUCCCUCCAAGUACGGCAGCGACGUGCGGCUGAGCCUGAGCAUCCUGCGCGCGGCCAUGCAGGGCGAGCGCAAGUUCAUCUUCGCCGGCCACCUCAAGACCAGCACCCGGCACCAGUUCCAGGAGGAGAUGAUCCAGAGGUACCUCCUGGACGCCGAGGAGCGCUUCCUGGCCGAGCAGAGGCAGAAGGAGGCGGAGAAGAAGGCGCUGGGCAGCGCUGCCCCGGCCAAGAAGCCGGAGGGGGACGCGGGCGCCCACCGGGGCGAGGAGGUGAUGCCAGGCCCUGUGUUCCCCCAGCUGCCCCCCGCCUACCCCUCCCAGCCCCUGGAGCCAGCCCUGGGCGCUAAAAUAGCCGCUUUUCCCACGGGCUAUUCCGGCGUUUUCACCUUCCCCAGGCCCUCCGUGGGCAGCGCGGAGGGGCCGCACCCCCCCGGGUGCCCCGAGGGCCGGAGGCAGCUGGCGGGGGGGCCCUGCGGGAGCCUCCCCCCCUACGCCACCCUGCCCCGGCACCACCAGGCCCGGCCCGGCCCCCCCGGCCCUGCCCACCCGGGCAGGUUCUCCCCCACGGACAUGGACAUCCAGCCCCCCUUCCCGCCGGAGUGCGAGGGCUCCGGCUGCCUCCCCCCCCCCAGCAACGGCUGCCGGGAAUUCCUGGAGCAGGACAAGGGGGGAACGGCGGAUAAAACGAGAAGCCGAGCCCUCUACAACAUCCAGCAGACCAAGUGCAAACAGCCCAACUGCAGCUUUUACGGACACCCGGAGACUGGGAAUUUCUGUUCCUGCUGUUACAAGGAGGAGCUGCGGCGCCGGGAGCGGGAGGCGCUGGUGCACAGGUUCUGACGCUCCCCCCACCCCCGUGCGGAUCUGGGCCCCCUGGAACACGGGGAAUGCAAUAAUAUAGAUCCAUUAUGGUUUUAUACACCCCCCCCGCCCCCCUUCCCGGGAGCGGGCGAUCGUGGGAUUGGGCUGGUGGGAUGGAGGGGGCUGCAGGAGGGAGAGGGCAGGGGAAAACCAGCCCCCGCCUUCCCGGAGCCCCUGCGAGGGAGGAGGAGGAAUCCCGGGGAUGGCUUGGGACAGCGGGGGCUGCUCGGGUCGGAGCACAGGGUGAGGGGGGAGAAUUCCUCAAAAACUCAAUAAACCAGACCAAAGCUUUGGGAGCUGGGGGGGAGGGUGAGGGGGGGCAGCCCCCGCCGGGUCCUUCCCGUCGCCCCCGACCGCCCGGGACGGAGCGAAAACGCCCCAGUUGGAGCGUCACAAACCUUUUAAUGGAGUUUUUUAACACUGGUUUUAUUCUGUAUUUCUUCUUGCUGGUACUGAGCGACGGUCGGAGUUGGACACUGGUGGGGUGGGGUGGGUCGGACUCCCCCUGCCCGGCCCCGGGAUGGCUCCGAGCGCUGGGAGGGCGGGCUCGGGCUCUGCCCCUCCGUGGGCUCUGCCCUCCCCCACGGGCUCUUCCCCCGCCCCCGACGGGCUCAGCUCUGGUUUUAAAAUGCUCUUUUUAAACACUUCCUGGGGCAGGGGGAGCUCCCAGCGCUCCAGGGGUUGGAGCUUUAUUUUCCCGUGUGGAAGCCCCAGCCCGCGGGAGAACCGAAGGUCGGAGUCUCCUGGCAGGAAUUCCCGCCGGAGUGGGGCAGAUCCCCCCAGGGCAGGGGGGAAUCAAUCCGGGGGGGUCGCAUAACUCCGUACUUGAGCACAGCUACUCGUACUACCUCUGAUCCCGAUUAACUCGGCUCCGUUGUGCUGAGCCACCAACUGACCUUUAGGCUGCGGAAUUAAUCCAUAUUUUUGAUAACAGGGCUAAAAAGCGGAACAAUAAGGUAAAAAUCCUCCCGUGACUAAUGUCCCACGGCAUUCCCAGCCCCAUCCCGGCCUCCCCCUCACCCCCCCCGCCAGCUCCCAGGGUGGGAUUCACUUUAGCACUGCGAAGUUUGCACAGAAUUCCUUGGGUUUUUUGGUAACUGCAGCUCCCAAACCGGCCCCAGUCCUGCACAGAGCGAGGUGCAGCGUUUCCCAUCACACGGAAAUAAAACAGGAGUUCUAUCCGUCAGCCCGAGCUUUACGACAUUCCCUUGUUUUUAUUUUGGGGUUUGUUUUCCAGAAGGCACCAAACUAUGCAACCCCCCCCUCCCGAGCUGCUCCUGCCUGUGGCCCUUCCUGGGAGAAGGGAUAGGGGAUGGGGUGGAGGAGCUGGAAGGGUGCUGAGCUCGGGGCUCACCCGACGCCUUACGCUUGGCCCUGCAAAUGUUGACUUAGACCUAAAACCCCCCAGAAUUAAGGCCUUUCCUACACCUAAACCCCCUCAGAUUAAGGCCUUUCCGAGCGGCAUCCCAACACUUUGAAUCCACCCAACAACGCUCCCUUGCCCACGAAUUUUCAAAUCCGAAUUUCGAACGCCCCGGGGAUGGUUUGACUCCAGUUUUAAGUCGUUUCCCCUGGUUUUAUGAAAUCCCCAAGCUCCUGCUCCCUCUGGCUCCUCUGGCCUCAGAACAAAGGCCAGAGAGUGCAGUUUUUCCCUCAAACUGCAGGAAUUCCGAUGGACUUUACCCCCGGGGCAGGGAUGUGCCACAGGCUCUGCCCCCACUUGGUUCACCCCGGAUUUUGAGCCGAGGUGGUUUAAAACCAAACCAAACCUUCGACUGUUGUGUGGGCACUUGGGUUUAAGUUCCAGUUUCCCGUGUUCAUUUUUCCCAAAAUCAGAGCAGCAGCUUUAUUUUGGGGUUGGGAAUAUCCUCCAGCUGUGCUGGGAGCUCCAGGAGCAGGGAUGCCCCACGGCACAGGGGGGAAGGUGGGGGGUGACACUUCACUGCUGGUUCCUUGGGUUUGGGGAGAAUUUCUCUGCAAUUUGGUUAAAUCCAUCCCGAUGGAUGCUGGCUUUGGGGGGGGUGGGAAGCACCCGGACCCGCUCGCUGCUUUAUUGGGUUUGGGGGGGCGGGGAGAGAGAGGGAAAAUGCAGAAAACCUGGAGGAAAAGCACCAAACCUGCCCCGGGGAGGGAUUUUUCCACUGGGAUGGGGACGGGGAGGCUGCAAUGUGACCCCAAGGUCAAACUAAGUGCACUUACUGGUGUGGUUGGAAUUCAAAUCGCUGCCAUCGGAUCCUGGUGGAAGAACACUUUGUCUUUCAGGGUGUGUAAAACCCGUUCUUGGGAUUUUCUUUGAUUUUAUUGAACGAGAUUCACCUUCGCCGCUCCCCGGCCCCCUCGGCGGGGGAGGCCGGGGCAGCUUUGGGUCUCACUAACGCCGAGUGACCUGAAUUAAUUCUGCAGUGGUUUAUUCACAAAAAAAAAAAGAAAAGAAAAACAAAACCAACCUUUUUUUUUAUUAUUAUUAUUAUUAAUUCCGUAUUAAUUGGUGAUAUUCGGCCUCCUGGUGAGCAGGGCUGGAGCGGCGCGGUCGGGCUGUACCUGCGGCCUCGUUGUGCUGCCACAGACUCACUGACAAUAAAAACCUUCAGCUGAUGCA